AUGUCCAUAGAAAAGUCGACAGACGGAGACCACUGGCUCCAUCGAUAUGGAAACCGUGAGCAUUACCAAUGGCGUACCACCGAGCGCAAUGGCCGAACAACAUAUUACCGACCCCUAGGCCUGGCAGAGUUCUGCUUCGACACAGAUGGGAGGCAUUAUGAAGGCCGAGCAGACAUUAACGCACAGCUCGAACUGGAAAUCAAAUCUACCCUAUCUCACCAUGACUUUCAAGGAAAGAUAGACUAUCGGGAAAGAAUACUAUUCGCCUGGGCCUGCUUGAGAUGCCAGCAUUUGCUGCUCCAGUCGAAAGCGUUGCAAGGCAAAGACUUCUCAGCCACUAGAACGGCAUCUGCGUCAGAUGUCUACUUUACCAUAGACGCUCCGAGAACAGUCUCGCAAGCUGUUGAGGAUGCUGGUAACCAGCUGGUCUUCCUUGCGGACCAUUUCCAGCACGUGGAUGCUCUGGACUUCUGGGUACACUGUCAGAACACUGGACGUGUGUUUGAUCCGAGUAAUGCGUUGGCGAAGCUCUUCGUGUAUCCUCCGCAAAGACUGAAGGGACAGCGAAGCAGCCUCAAACUGCUGGUUGUUGGUUCACACCAGAUCUGGGACGGACUUACGAACUACGUCUGGUUUCGGAACUUUGUGCAUCUCCUGAACAAGAGCAUACCUGAGCUACGGCAACAGCUGCAUGAUCUACUCAGACCUUCGGCCAUCUUUGAGAGGCUGCCACCGCCUCAAGAGGCCCUUUAUCCUCCAGUCGAAGGCUCACAAGCUCGACAACGCUGGUUCUGGCUGCUCACUCGCGUUCUUCGACAUGUGCGGAAGCCACUUCAAGCAGGCUUCGCAAACCCACUCCGGAGACGGGUACCUAUGAAUGGCGCCGUCUCAUUGUCUCCGACCUAUAGGCCUUUGCUCGAUUACAGCAAGACGCCCAGACUCAACUCGAUCCCAUGCUUCGCCAAAGCAACAAUGAAGGGGACCAAACGACUUCAUCGACUAUGCCGAGAAGCCAACGCCAGUGUCGGAGCCGGCUGUUUCGCAUUGGCGGCCUUACUCAUGAUGGAGUUCUACGAGCAACGGGAGCCCAACAUCCCCGUGUCGGAAAGAAGGCCAUUCAUCAGCGGCUUCCCACUCAACCCGAGGGCAUUCUUCAACCAUGCUGAGGAGCCAAACUCGUUGAUGCUGGCGUUUUGCGACGGCAUAAUCCUGCCUUUCUUGCCUUCAGACCUUGAUCUCGACGGUCGACUAAGACUGCUUGCGCGACAGGCACACAGACAACUCGCCGUCUUCCAGAAACGGCAGAAUACGAGCCGGGCCGCUGGAGGUUUGCAGUACAUGGGCAGCAGAGGUCCGGGUCGACUACUGCAGAUUCAGUACAUCAGCAGCCUCGAGCGGACUCAAGCAAUGCUACCCGAGCAUCUUCAGACCGGACUGAACCCGGAAGGAGCCUUCCCUAUGCGGCCCAACGCAACGACGCAGACUUGCGGUGUCAGCUCUGUGGGCCGUCGAGAAGCAUUAAUCAAGCCUGGCGAUUAUGAUAUUGACGAUGAGAGCAAAGACUUUGUCGCCGACUUCAGGAGCUCGUUUGCCGCCGUGAGGCCGAGAGAUGGGGAGUUCUUGGUUGGUGUAGGGGGCUCCGACGAGGGAUUGUGGGUGAAUGCAAGUGUUGAUGGGAGCACCAUGGAUCCUGCACUGGUCGAUAAGUGGAGGGAGAGGUUCGAGACGAUACUUGACGAGGGAGGAGGAGGAGAAGGAAGGAUGUAUAAGCUAUGA